GGAGGGCGUGGGCUUGGCGGCCCAUCCGAAAGUGGCCGUUUACUUGAGGCGGUUUCCUUAGUACCCCCGAGUGAUUUGAGUCUGUGGAGUCACAGAUGCCAGGACGUAUGGCCCCCCUCAAGAAGUCUCAGAAGGCCACAAGGUUGCCCCUGGCUUUAAACCCCCUGAAGAGCAAGGACGUGUUGGCAGUGCUGGCUGAGAGGAACCAGUCUGUAGUACCAGUUGGGGCGUGGGUAGAACAUGCCUCCCCAGAUAGUUCGGAAAUCCCUGCAUAUACUUCAGCAUAUAUGGUUGAAGAAAAACUAAAAGAACAGUUAAGGAAAAAACAAGAAGCUUUGAAACAUUUUCAGAGACAAGUCAAACACCGAGUAAAUCAACGAAUUAGGCUAAGAAAAAAGCAACAGCUUCAGAAGUCUUAUGAAGCAGCAGAAAAAGAAGGCUAUAUAGCCAUGCAAUCUCCAGAUCCAGCACACUUAACUCCUAAAAGGACAAGUGUUUUUGCAAACAAUUUGAAUGGCGCUAUUGGAAUUUCUAGGUUACCCCCUUCCCAGAUGCUUGGGGAUGAAAUAGAAGAUAGAGAGAAUCAGAAUGAAUUAUUCCAACAACAAGCCCAGGCUCUUAGUCAAACCAUGAAACAGGCACGUCACCGACUGGCAUCCUUUAAAACUGUGAGUAAAAAAAAGGCAUCAGUGUUUCCAGAUGGUAGAAGGAAAAGCUUUCCUACCCAAGAGGACCCUGACUGUGAGGAAUCUUCAUCUGUUAUGACAGAUGAGAAAGGGAGAGAUUUGUUAUGGGGGGAACAGCAGGAUCUCCUUUCUGAAGACAAAGACAAACCUUUCAGCAGAGUUCAGAAAGUAAAAUUUAAAAACCCAUUAUUUGUUGUGAUGGAAGAAGAAGGACAAAAGCAGUUACAUCUUAGGGGCCUUCAGGAUAUUCUGCCAGAAGCCCGGAAUUAUCUUCCAGAAGCCCGAGGUGAUCUGAAAAUCCAGGGUGAUUUGACAGGAAUCCAGAGUGUUGAGCUGGAAGCUCACAGUGUUGAGUCGAAUAGCAAGGCUGUUGAGCCAGAAGACCAGGCUGUUGAGCCAGAAGACCAGGCUGUUGAGCCAGAAGACCAGGCUGUUGAGCCAGAAGACCAGGCUGUUGAGCCAGAAGGCCAGGCUGUUAAGACAGAAACUCAGGGUAUUAUGCUGAAAUCCCAGAAUACUGAGCUAGAAAAUGGGAAUAUUGUGGUAGAAGCCCAGGAUUUUCUACUCCAAAACCAGAUUUUUCUACCCAAAAACCUGUGUGUUCUCCCCAAAGACCAGAAUAUUUUACCUAGAUGUCAGGACCAGGAUUUUGUCUCUAAAGACCAAGAUUUUCUACCCAGAGACCAGCAUCUUUUCCCCAAAGACCAGAAUAUUCUACCCAACUAUCAGGACCAGGAAUGUUUCUCUGAAGACCAGGAUUUUCUACGCAGAGAUCAGCGUGUUUUCCCCAAAGACCGGAAUAUUGUGCCUAAGUGUCAGGAACAGAAUUUUCUCCCUAAAGACUGGGAUUUUCUCCUCAGAGACCAGCAUGUUCUCCCCAAAGGCCAGAAUAUUGUACCCAAAUGUCAGGACCAGGAUUUUCUACCUAAAGACCAAGACUUUCUACCCAGAGACCAGUGUGUUUUCCCCAAAGACCAGAAUAUUCUACACAAAUAUCAGGAUCAGGAUUUUCUCUCUAAAGACCAGGAGCUUCUACCUAGAGACCUGUAUGUUCUCCCAAAAAACCAGAAUAUUCUACCUAAAUGUCAGGACCAGGACUUUCUACCUAAAGACCAGGAUUUUCUACCCAGAGACCAGAAUAUUCUACCAAAAUGUCAGGACCAGGAUUUCCUAUGCAAAGAUCAGAAAGUACAUUUUAAAGAGCCACACUGUGAUAUGACAGAUGAGGAAGGAAGAGAAGGCUUUUCUCCGGCUGGUUAUCAGUAUCUACCUCCUAAACCCCAGAACCAGAACUUCAUCAGAGAUCAGAGCUUAUACUUUAGGCAGCAGCUAUCUGUUGGGACAGCUGAAAAAUGUCAAGAGGAUUUGCUUCUGGAUAGCCAUCAGCAUCUUCCAUCCAGGAACCAGAGAGACACUUCCAGCAGACAACAGGUGUAUAAUGAAUAUCAAUCAGGAAUGAGCACUAAAUUCCAAGCUUUACUGGCAUUUCGGUCUGGAAUAGAUCAAGAAGACGACAAGAAAGAGCGUCAAAAGCAGUACCUGAGACAUAGACGACUUUUCAUGGAUAUUGAGAGAGAACAAGUAAAAGAACAACAAAGGCAAAAAGAACAAAAGAAGAAAAUUGAUAAAAUUAAGAAAAAGAAAGAGCAACAACGUUAUGCUGAAGAGCAGAGGAUCCUAAAAACGAAUUUUCAUGAAGAACCAUAUUCAGGGGAGAAGAUGAGUGACAUGUUAGCCCAGUUACAACUUGAAGAAAUAAAAGGAGCCAGAGAAAAGCAACAGAGACAAAAGGAAUACCUAAGAUAUGUAGAAGCUUUACGAGCUCAGAUCCAGGAGAAGAUGCAGCUAUAUAAUAUUACUUUACCUCCACUAUGCUGUUGUGGUCCUGAUUUUUGGGAUGCUCAUCCCAAUACCUGUGCCAACAAUUGUAUUUUCUAUAAAAACCACAGAGCAUAUACUCGGGCACUUCAUUCAGUCAUCAAUUCUUGUGAUAUCUCUGAGGGGAGUUCAACUCUUCGAAACGCCAUUCAUAAUUUUGCUUCUGCACACAGACGGACCUUGAAAAAUCUGUAAUAGAAAUCUGAACUGGUGGUAUUUUGGUCUUCAUUUAAAAAUCAACCUUGAGAUAUUAUUUAGGAAAAGCUGUUAAAGUAUAUAAGAUGAAAAGAAACACUGGAAAGAAACACUAUCCCACAUAACUGUCUCUAUAAUUAGAUUGCAACCAUUGCUUCAAUCUCUGCCUUGGGACCAAGAUUGAAAGUUGACUUCCAAACUUGCCUCUUCUUUGUUAUGAACCAUAUAGAGCCUAUUAUUUUAAAAAAUGACCAGUCAGACAAGUAAGGUGUCUCUUACUUUGCUCUGUUCAGAAGAGAUCAUGAGAUAUCUUUGAGAUUAUCUCAUUUAUCAUCUUUCUAAAACUGUAUCUUUGAGCCUUGACAAUAUCGAAAUUUUCUUCAUAAAAUAGAGAAGAGAGGAAAUGAGCGUCUGAGCAUCAGUGGCCAUUUAUGUUACCAUUAACUUUUCAAGUUGUGUGUAACAAUUAGACAUGAGAUGAAUCUGAAUCUGAUGCACAUUUUCUUCUCAAAAUUUUCUAUCUGCUGUUUUUCUGUUUGUUUGUUUUGUUUUUAAAUGUAU